UGUUUUGCCCCCAAUGUGCAUAUUUGAUCGUCUAGGGUGUUCUGUAUAUUACUGGUAUCCCUUCCAGACUAACCUUAUGCUUUUGUCAUGCACAUUCAGUAACUUCGUUGCCAACUACUUCACAGAAGAAAGUUCAAAUAGUGGGGACUUGCCUUCGGGAUGGAUUUGCCUUCAACGACCAUUUCCUUGUAGAGACACAGGAGUCAAUAUUAGUUUUGCAAUCAAUUCCGGGGGUCCACUAGUCAAAUCUUCUGAUGGAACUCUGUUUGAGGGCGACAACAACAACGGCAUUGGUCCAGCUUCAUUCUUUGUCAGCGAGACAAAGAGGUGGGCACUUAGCAAUGUUGGGAUUUUUACUGACGCUACCAGCUACCAAUUCACAUGUUCAACCUCCAACGCCAUCUUGCAUAUGCCAGAGCCAGACCAAGCUCUCUUCCAAACAGCAAGGACAUCUGCGUCAUCAUUGAGAUACUACGGGUUGGGACUCCAGAAUGGCAACUACACGGUGAACCUAGGGUUUGCAGAAACAGCUUUUGCAGAUGAUAGCCAGUGGACAAGUCAGGGGAGGCGUCUCUUCGAUAUAUACAUUCAGGGGAUUUUGAUGUCAAAGGACUUUGACAUUAGAAAGGAAGCGGGUGGAAGGUCCUUCCGAGCUGUUGAGAAGGCAUUUAACGUUCAGGUAUCUGAAAACUAUGUUGAGAUUCACUUCUUUUGGGCUGGAAAAGGGACGUGCUGCAUGCCUUCUCGAGGUACAUAUGGACCAUCUAUUUCAGCUAUCCGUGUUAGUCCAGGGAUUGCAGUUGGUGUUGGAGUCACGUUAUUUCUAUCAACUUUUGUAGCUUUUUAUUAUCUCAGAAUAAGGAAAAGACCAAGCUCCAAUCAAGAGACAGAUGCCCUGAGAGUUGCUACAGGGGCAUUGACUUUCAACUAUUCAGAGCUACACAGUGCAACAAAUGGUUUCAGCCUUGCCAAUAAGCUGGGCCAGGGUGGCUUUGGAAUUGUUUAUAAGGGAGCACUUGGUGAUGGGAGACUUGUUGCUGUGAAGAAACUCUCUGUGACCUCUGACCAAGGAAACAAUCAAUUUCUAGCAGAAAUUGCAACGAUAUCUGCUGUUCAACAUCGGAACCUCGUAAAGUUGUAUGGAUGUUGUGUACAUGGUGAUGAACGCCUCCUUGUGUAUGAGUUUCUAGAGAACAGUAGCCUCGAUCAUGCCUUAUUUGGGAAAACAAGCUUUCUUGUUGACUGGGGCACUCGUUAUGACAUAUGCUUGGGCAUAGCACGAGGACUAGCUUACCUUCAUGAAGAAUCAAGAGUUAGAAUUGUGCACAGAGAUGUGAAGGCCAGCAAUAUUUUGCUUGAUGCAAGUCUUAACCCAAAAAUUUCAGACUUUGGAUUGGCAAAGCUUUACAAUGAUAAAAUGACUCACAUAAGCACUAAAGUUGCAGGAACAAUUGGGUAUCUGGCACCAGAGUAUGUCUUGCGUGGGCACUUGACUGAGAAGACUGAUGUAUUUGCCUUCGGUGUGGUGGCUUUAGAGAUUGUUGCUGGAAAGCCAAAUUUGGCAUCCGAAGGAGUGGAAUCUCUGCUUGAGUGGGCCUGGCAACUGUACGAGAACGAGUGCCAUGUUGAAAUAGUGGACCCUAGAUUAUCAGAAUUUGAAGAGGAGGAAGUAAAAAAUGUGAUUCACAUGGCUCUCCUCUGCACCCAGAUGCAACCAUCUCUAAGGCCACCAAUGUCCAGUGUAGUGGCAAUGCUUCUGGGACGUACUAAUGUCAUACCUUUGCCUUCAAAGCCAGGUUACUUGACUGACAACAUGUUUGGCAGUUUUGUCAAUUCGGUGAGUGAAACAGUGACGCAUAUAGACUUGCACAACGACUCACCUUCAAGCAGCCUGAUCGACACUGGAGAAAAGCGCUCCGGAAUGCUGCCAAACCAAUCCUAUGGAGAACCAGAAAGCUCAGUGGUGAAGCAGCUGAUUGAAUUGAAGGGGUGCUGCAUGACGAGACGUGACAUUUGAAGAUUGAUAUAAAGCAUUGUUCGAUGUCUAGAUACUGUAUUAAGAACGAACAUCGAUAUAGUGUCAUUUCUUUCGCAAUAACAACCGGUUGUUUCAUCAAUCCGGCAACCGUUUAGGGGGGCAUUGAAUGGGGGAAAAGUGCCAAAAAAGUCCUAAACCUUUUGUGUUUGUGCCAAAAAGCCAUAAAC